CAUGAAGCUCUCUUGGAGUCUCUAUUGCGGAGCCAUACUGCUCUGCUCUACCAGUCUCUGCUCAGCCCAGAAUGUCACCUAUUCGAACGACACUCAGGAGGCCCUCAAACUGGAGGCGUUACUCCAGUCGUCAUCCACCACUUCGAGCACUCCGAAGCCGCGUGGCUGCUCGACUUCUCCUCUGACCAAGGCCAAGGCCAAGCAGGCCCAUGAAAUCGAGGAGGAUGAUAACAACUUCUCGAACGAUCGGCUGCCUGCGUUGACCGACGAUGAGUACAGCAGCCUGGGGGAGGAUGCCAAUCCCUUGCACUUCCUUAAGCAGCAGCCUCCUCCACAACAGCAGCCCGCUAAGCAGCAGCAGCCCAAGCCUGAACCUAUGGCAAUGCCCCAGACCGGUGGCUCUUCCAUCUACAUAACCAUCCCUAUAUAUAUCAACUCGGCCGGCAAGCUGCCCCUCACUCUGACCAUUGGCGACCAGCAGAUGUCCCUCAAUCAGCUGCGAAAGUCAGCCUCUGGGUCGGCAGCAGCGAACAAGAAGAACCCCCAUACGAAGGCGCCCAAUUCCCACUUCAAUCGUUUGCUGGAACAGAUCGAGACGACUCCCAAGAGGCGGACCACCAACCGCCAUCGCAGUCAGCUGAAGAGCAAUAUCUAUGCGGCAAAGGAGCGCCCGGAUCGGCACGCUUCCGUCUACUACCCGAGCCUCUGAAAUCCGAGCAUCGGUGCUUACGUAUACAUUAUAACAUAACUUUAAUGGCUAACAAUAAAUAAAUGACAAACAAAGUA